AACACGUGGUAAGAAAGGAUGGACCCAAAAAAUGGAAGUUCUUUCACUGGCUUUAUCCUGCUGGGUUUCUCUGACCGGCCUCAGCUGGAGCGAGUCCUCUUUGUGGUUCUUCUGAUCUUCUAUCUGCUCACCCUCCUGGGAAACACAACCAUCAUUGCAUUGUCCUGCCUGGACCCACACCUGCAGACUCCCAUGUACUUUUUCCUCUCCAACCUAAGCUUUCUGGACCUGUGUUACACGACCAGCACUGUUCCUCAGCUGCUGGUCCAUCUCAGGGGAACAGACAAGUCUAUCUCCUUUGCUGGCUGUGUAGCUCAGCUCUUCAUCUCUCUAUGGUUGGGAUGCACAGAAUGCAUUCUGUUAGGGGUGAUGGCAUUUGACCGCUACGCAGCCGUCUGCAGGCCCCUGCACUACACAGUGAUCAUGCACCCCCGUCUCUGUGCCCUGAUGGCUUCUGCGUCGUGGUUCACUGGUUUUGCCAACUCCUCAUUGGAGACGGUGCUCAUCUUUCUUGUACCACUUUGUGGGAAGAAUAAAAUAGAGCACUUCUUUUGUGAGGUCCCCCCA